AUUUAUUGAUCCUGAAGGGUAAAUGGAUUUGCAUGAGACGGGCUACGAGAUUUUUGAUGACUUAGUUGGGAGAUCAUUUUUUCAGGAGGUCAAGGAGGAUGGCUUCAGAAACAUAACUUGCAAAAUGCAUGAUCUUGUCCAUGAUCUCGCAAAAUUAGUUAUGACAGGAGAAUGCUGUUUGAUCGAGAAGAAUAGGAGACCUAGAAUUCCUAAGACAGUUCGUCACAUAACUUUUCUAGAUAGAAGUCUUUGUUAUUAUGACAAGGACCCUGUGAAAGGGAAAUCAUUGCGGUCGCUGAUUUCCUUUCAGGACGAUUACUACCCGAGUGACUCGAUUGGUGCUCUUUUUUUAAACAUGUCUGCACAAAAGAAACUACGGACGUUGAAUUUAAGCAAUUUCGGGUUUAGAAAAUUGCCAGAGCCGAUUGGUAAUUUGCAACAUCUAAGGUAUCUAGACGUCUCUUUUUCUUUGAUCCAAAAACUACCUGAAUCAAUCAGCUCUCUUCAAAACUUGCAGACCCUAAAUUUGAGUUACUGCUCUCGGCUUUAUAUGUUACCAAAAAGGAUGAAGGACAUGAAAAGUCUCAUGUAUCUUGACCUCACACGUUGUGAUGCGCUUCAAUGUAUGCCUUCCCGGAUGGGACAACUGACUUGUCUGCGAAAGCUUGGCAUGUUCAUUGUGGGUAAAGAGGCUGGUCAUCACAUAGGGGAGCUGCAAAGACUGAAUUACAUUGGGGGUGAAUUGAGCAUCAAGGAUCUAGGUAACGUCCAAGGUGUCACAGAUGCACAAAAUGCUUACUUGAUGAGGAAGACAAAUCUUCAAUCACUGAGUUUGUCUUGGCGAGAAGACAAUAGCAGCAAAAUCAGUGAGUCAAACAGUGAAGAUGUUCUUUGUGCUCUUGAACCCCAUUCUAAUAUGAAGAAGUUAGAGAUAAGCGGAUAUCGAGGAUCCAAAUUUCCAGAUUGGAUGAUGGAGUUGCGUCUACCAAACCUAGUGGAGAUCUCACUAGAAUCGUGCAUGAAUUGUGAACAUCUUCCUCCUUUUGGGAAACUGCGGUUUCUUAAGCAUCUUCAAUUGAAGAGAAUGGACACUGUGAAGUGUAUUGGCAGUGAGAUGUAUGGAGAUGGAGAGAAUCCAUUUCCAUCAUUAGAGAGGCUGACUUUGGGUCCAAUGAUGAACUUAGAGGAGUGGGAAACAAAUAGCAUGGGUGGAAGGGAAAUUUUCACUUGCCUUGAUGAAUUACAGAUAAAAAAAUGCCCCAAGUUGGUCGAGCUACCAAUUAUUCCGUCGGUGAAAUAUUUAACUAUUAAGGACUGCACUGUAACUUUGCUGAGGUCUGUUGUGAAUAUCACUUCUAUUACCUACCUUCGAAUUGAGGGCUUCGAUGAAUUAGCUGUUCUUCCUGAUGGACUGUUGCAAAACCAUACAUGCCUUCAAAAGCUGUCAAUUACGAAGAUGAGAAGCCUAAGGUCGCUGUCAAAUCAGCUAAAUAACCUAUCUUCUCUUAAGCAUUUGGGUAUUUUUUAUUGUCAUAAACUUGAAAGCUUGCCAGAAGGUGUCCAGAACCUCACUUCUUUGGAGAUCUUAAGUAUAUAUGGAAUGCCAAAAAUCACUUCACUGUCUGUUUUACCUUCAUCUCUUGCUUCCUUGUGGAUUCUAAAUUGUGAAGAACCUCUCUAUCCGAGGGACUGCAAUAUCUGACAGCACUCAAGGAUUUAGAACUUUAUAGCUGUGUAAAGUUAAAUUCCUUGCCAGAGACUAUACGACAUCUCACUUCUCUACAAUCUCUAACAAUCUCUUGUUGUACGGAAGUAUCUUGUCUUCCAGAUCAGAUACGGCAUCUCACAUCUCUUUCAAGAUUGCGCAUCCGUGGAUGCUCUAAUUUGAUGUCUUUGCCAGAAGGGAUAAGGAAUCUCGAAAUGCUCAGAGAGUUGGUAAUUAAUGAUUGUCCAAACUUGGAGAGACGGUGCAAGAAAGAAAAAGGAAAGGACUGGCCUAAGAUAGCUCACAUCCCUACCAUCAUCAUUAAUGACCAGCUAAUACAGUCCCCGGAGA